AUAUUGACCUCAUUAACUGAGAGACUUGGUGGGCAAGUCUUCUCUCUGUAUUAAUGGAGAGUGUCGGACGGAGAAGAUGUAAAACAUCACCAACUCUCUCAAUUAGUUUUUUUUUUUCAUUUUGAAACUCUUGCUUUUGCUAAGAUAAAGUUAUUCAUGUCUCUGCUUCUCAACAAGCCUUCGAAGCUCUGCCUUGGGAAACGUGGGGUGGUUAGGUCAUCCCCUCUUGGCUCAGAUAGCUUCUCAUCUUCCUUGCAACAAACCCCUCCUCGUGCCAUAAUAUCCGUUAGCCCUCCUUGUGGAUAUGCUGACGAAAUCGGAAACCUCAACAUAAAGAAUGCUAAUGAGCGUUCCGUGACUCAUGUGGAAAAGGAUGUGCCUACAGAGUUCACAAGCAUACUAAAAUACUUUCGUUUUGGUGUAUUGGGAACCAUCGGGUCGUCCCAUGGCUGGGUGGCUACUCCUCUAGAUGACGGAAGAGUCCGUCUUCAAGACGAUCUAAACCCGGCUGCAUCGUACACAGACCCGAAACACAUUUCCCUGCCUCCUCUUGUAACUCUGCCUUAUUGCCAAACCCAACUCGUCACCAACAUGUCCAUGUCCUCAUCAUCUCCUGAGGAAGAGGACUGUGUCGUGGCUAUCAAGUUCGUCGGACCUCAACUCAGCUUAUGCAGACCGGCUUCUCAAAGCAACUCGGAGUGGAUCAACAUCAGGAUAGCGAACCCAAGUUUCUUCUCCUCCCGUGUCAUGUUCUCCAACAGAGAUGGCAUGUUCCACAUACCCGGAUCAGGAGGUCAUCUCAUCGGAUCAUGGGAUCUCGGAGAACACAAGGAGCAUCCUAAAAUCCAGAUGCUGCGAUUCCACAACCUUGCUGAGCUGCCUAUGUCCAAACUCGAGACAUUGCAUUCUUGUUCCACGACCGAACACUUGGUGGAGUCACAAACAACAUGUGAAACUUUCUUGAUAAAGUGGUACAGGAAGACCACCAGGAGCUUUCUUGAUAUGCCCAAAAUGAAAACAGAAGCUUUGUUGGUGUUCAAGCUUGACGAAGAAGGAAACGCUUUUUACACUGAGGACAUUGGAGAUCUCGUCAUUUUCCUCUCCAGGGCUGAACCUUUUUGUGUCCCUGCUAGCUCCUUUCCUGGCAUGUACCCCAACAGAGUCGAGAUCAUUGAUGUUGAUGAACUCGGAUCUGUCAAUCUGGCUACAGGCACCGUCUCUACUAGAAAUUCUACACACAUGGCCCCUUACUACAUUCCACCUCAAAAUAUAGAGCACUAGUAAUUGAUACUCUAAUGUCAUGUUUUUUUUCCUGUUAAGCCCUUUUAAAUUGUUGUUAACUUCAUUCUAUUUGAAGUGAUUAUAUUCUCUUUUU